UGUAUUUCUGCAGUUUGCUCUCUUGUCCUUUGUAGAGCCUAAAGGAUGUUGAAGCAACCAUCAUGGGCCAUGCCCUGUGUACCUGCUCCAGGGGAACAAUCACCAUCAAUAACAAACGUUAUCUUUUAAUCCAUAGGCUUGGGGAGGGUGGCUUUAGCUAUGUGGACCUUGUAGAAGGAAUGCAUAAUGGGCAUUUCUAUGCACUCAAACGCAUCAUAUGCCACGACAAAGAUGAUCGCCAGGAGGCCAUGCACGAAGUGGAGAUGCACCUGCUUUUUGACCAUCACAACAUCCUGCCCCUGUGUGCGCAUGCCAUGGUGGAGAGGGGAUCCAAACAUGAGGCCUGGCUCCUGUUACCAUUCUAUAAGAGAGGGACCCUUUGGCAAGAAGUUGAAGUUCUGAGAGAUAAAGGUGUCUUCAUGCCUGAGGAGCGGAUCCUUGCCAUCCUUCAUGGUAUCUGCCGGGGCCUGCAGGCCAUCCAUAACAAGGGCUAUGCACACAGAGAUCUGAAACCUACAAAUGUUCUACUUGAUGACGAUGACCAACCAUUGCUGAUGGACCUGGGUUCCAUGAAUCAGGCACGCAUUGAGGUGCGGAAUUCCCGGGAGGCCAUGGCUAUUCAGGACUGGGCUGCCCAGCGUUGCACAAUCUCAUACCGAGCACCAGAGCUGUUCACUGUUGAGCGUGAAUGUGUUAUUGAUGAACGUACUGACAUCUGGUCCUUAGGUUGUGUUCUGUACUGCAUGAUGUUUGGCGAGGGGCCUUAUGACAUGAUCUUCCAAAAGGGCGACAGCGUGGCCUUGGCUGUUCAAAACCAUGUCAUCGUGCCCCAGAAUACCAGUUUCAGGUACUCACCUGCCUUGGAACAUCUCCUCUCUUCUACAUUGGUGGUAAAUCCCCAGGAGCGUCCAUACAUUGCCAACGUCAUCAGUCUUCUUGAAGAGAUACAGCCAGCUCCCCCUGGACAGGACACCACACACAUCUAAGGCAACAAAAUGGGCGGUGAAGAUGGACAGCAAAAAAGCUGCUUCUUGAAGAGACUUGAUAAGGCCUGUAUGUUUGCGCAGGUCCUCGUUGGGAGUGGAUUCUGUGUUGUGCUUGCUUCCAUCUUCCAGGCACUCCCUACAGUGGACCCAUCUCCGCUCUUGGACCUUAUGGUACUGUUUGCAGCUUGCUUAGAGCUCUUCUGUCAUUGCCACUGUUGCCUUGGCAUGCAUCCCAAGUAUUUUACGAUGUCACGGCUGCUCAGUUUGUAUGUGGAAGCUGGCUAUGGAAAGGUUGCUGAGGUAUAUAUUAUGGCAGCAAUGGAAAAGGGGUGGGGAGAAGAUAACCCGUUGUGAGUUUUUAUUCAACUACAGUACCUAGUGGGUUACUAAGGAAGGGCUGGUGCCCAAUUCCUGUAGGCUUAGGCAAGUCCUCAAUGCCUCCGUAUUGAAUAAAGUCUUCACAAUACA